AUGAUCCUUAAAGAGACGACCCGGCUGGAGCUGCCGGCGGCGGCCGACAUGCAUGUCCACCUUCGCCAAGGCAAGAUGAUGGAAUUGGUUGUGCCGCAGAUUCGCAAGGGAGGCGUCGAUACCGUUUUUGUUAUGCCUAAUCUGGUUCCUCCCGUCACCAGCGUCGCCCAGGCGCUGGAGUACAAGGCGCAGUUGCAGGCCAUUGAGCCGAACGUGAACUAUCUCAUGUCGCUAGAAGCCGCUGCAGCUGGUAUCACCGGUGUCAAGGUGUAUCCCCAGGGCGUCACGACCAACUCCGCAGCCGGCGUGCGCGACUACGACGAGUUCUUCCCCGUCUUCGCGGAGAUGGAAAAACACGACAUGGUCCUCAACCUGCACGGCGAGGUGCCCGGCUCGCCCGGCUCGGACAUCACCGACAUGAACGCGGAGGAAAAGUUCCUUCCUACCCUCAAGAUGCUGAAUGAGAAGUUCCCCAAGCUGCGGAUCAUCCUCGAGCACUGCAGCACCGAGGCGGCCCUGGAGGCUGUCCGCUCCUGCUCCUCGUCUGUUGCGGCAACCAUCACGGCCCACCACCUCUACCUCACCCACCACAGCUGCGAGAACCCCCUCGCCUUCUGCAAGCCCCUCCCCAAGACCUCCAAGGACCGCGAUGCGCUGCUCCGCGCGGUCUGCAGCGGUGAUCCCAAGUUCUUCUUUGGAAGCGACAGCGCCCCCCACCCCCGUCUCGCCAAGCAAGGCGGCGCCGAGGGAACGGCCAAACCGCCUGCGGGCGUUUUUACGCAACCCUGCGUCGUGCAGUAUGUGCUUCUGGCUCUGGAGGAGGGCGUGGAACGUGGCGUCAUCGCCAACGAGGAUAUUACCCAGGAGAAACUGGCGAAUUUCCUCAGUGUGUAUGGACGCCGGUUCUACAAGUUGCCCGAGGCGAAGGAGCGGAUUGUGCUGGAGCGGAGGGGGGAGGUGAUCCCUGAGAGUGUGAAGAGUGAGGAUGGGAGUGUGGAGGUGGCGUUGUCCCGCGGGGGAGAUGAGGUGUUUAGUCUGACGUGGAAGAGCGAGUAG